AUCAUUAUGUGGUACUAGCCAAAAUGUCGAAGAAUCCAAAAAAGCAAGUGCCGCGUACUAAUUCCUCUAAUUCUGCUGUGGAUAAUUCUGUUGCGCCCACCGCAUCCGCUGCCGUCACCGAUAAAACUUUUGUGGAGCGCAGAGCCGAACGCGAUAUGCACACUGCACAAUAUACACGGAUGCACCAAGCAGAUUAAAAAGGUAAGGGCUCUCGGAACGAACUCCCGCGAGUUUAUCUUUGAAAGUUGAAGUGCCGGCAAAAGACUGGCCAUGUGUGACGAAGAAACUUCAUUUAUAUCAAGUAAUGGGUUGAGCAAUGUUCGGAAGGCUGCGCGUGUUCUCCAAAUGUGGCCGCAGCUUCAUUCAAAAUUUCCGGCUAUUUGGAAGAAGAUUACACUGCAUCUUGAUUGCGACCAGUCAACUCUGCUGCGAAUUGCAAACGAACUAAAAAAGCACCCCGAUGUUUUCGAAAUGUUCGCGCGUAAUCCCCGCGACCCCAUAAUCCUUUUGCCACCUACUUCCAAGCGUUUGCUUAACGGCUGCCGUCAAAUCCGGAAAUCAAAAAACGGUCAACAAAGUGACCCUUCCGCUUUACACACCCAUCAUGAUUCUCCGGAUCUGUGCACCGUCAGCGACAUCGAAUGCACUCACACAAAAUGCUGGAGAUUUAACCUUCGCUGUCGUUCUUGCAAAAGCUACUAUCGCUAUUCCACAUUCUUCGACUCAGAUAAGAAAAAGUUUUUCUUAUAUGACACACCGCGACCAUAUGUUGAAAUUUCGCGUGAACUUUGUUGCACAAGACGACUGUGCAUUUUAAUAACUAGUGACAUGUAUUUUAAGCAAUGCAGCUUUCAAGCUUUUUCUUCGUCUGUACAGAACGCUUUCGGCAUUUCAGAUGACUACAAUCGUAAGCAACUUGCGGAGGCUUUUUUUAAGUACCAUAUAGAAGAAUAUCUGCGGCGCUUGGGAAAGCUAAGCGUGGGUUUGACGGCGGAAAACGACUGGGAUGAAGCGCUGACAGACCUCAAUCAAACGCUUAGAUCUGAACUGCUGCCACAUGACCAUUACGAAAUCUGUAUUGGAAGGGGAUGCAGGGACGCUGUGGCUAUGGAUGGUAACUGGAAAUUUAGCCACGUGAUCUGCUCUUUCCUCAUUAAGAAAACUCAUUCAAAGUUCCCGCUCCUUAAAUUUCCUCGUCAGUGCACUGAGGAGCCGCUAUCUGGCUUUUUAUAUUGCAAAGCGCACAUUGAUAUUGCCAGAGCGGAAGGUCUUCCGGUUACUGCUGCAGCCGAAAGAAAAGCAAGGCUUAAUGAUACCUUAGUAGCAGCAGCUCUGGAAACUGAGAGCGACACUGCCGAGAUAUUUACCACAACCUUGGCUUGCCGCAAAAACUUGGGCCAACACAGAUAUCUGAAAUCACGAUCUCGUGGCUGGCUGUUUUUCGUAACAGCCGGUGGUAUCAUUCGAAUGUUUCGACCUUUAUAUGGGUCGGAAUCGUCUUCGCAAGUGUUUUUCCAUACAGUGGAAUACCUGUUCCAGGAGCUGUCUACGCGAAACCCAGCAGAUUAUGCGCGUUUUACACUCUGUUAUGACGAUAUGUGCCAUUUGAACGCUCUGCGACAAGCAGCAGAAGAGCUGCCAUACCCGGCACCUUAUUCAACAAUGUGGUUUAAAGUACAGAAAGUGAUCGACAGGUUCCAUAUGCGUAAUCACAAGCCUGAAUGCUUCACUAAGUACAACGCCGACGAAAAACUAGCCGCCAUACACGGAAACGGGACUUCGAUCAACACGGAAUCUGCAGAGCAAGUGUUUUCCCAACUGCGAAAUUUCAAAGCCUCGCUUUUCGUAAUGGGAAAAAGACGACAAGAAUUUUUUUUGCAUGUUAUAAGCCGUAUGCAUAACUGUCACGUGGAAAAGUCGAUGGCAAAAGGUUGUUUACCAAUACAUUUUAACGGACGAAGGCGAAGUAACACAAUGUGAACACGGCAUUUUCUAAUUUCACAAUUUGUUUGUGUGGCUUCAAUAAAGGUUAGUGCGCGUUUA